AUCAACGAACUGGUGCCUGGCGCCCGCCUAGAAAGCCACCUUUGCAUAUCCACCUCCAAGAAUCUCAACUGCCAUCUGUCUCCAUACGCGAACGCCAGAUCCAGCUUCCAGAAAGACGACAAUCCGAAGAGAAAAAAAGAUGGAGAAGCUCAAAGAAGCCGAAACAGCAGCAGCGCAACGCCUGCGCAAAACAUUCAAAUACCCCUCUGAAUCCGACGAUGAAGAUACCGUAGAAGCAGGAAUGGACGAACAAGACCGCGCCACACUCAUCGAAACCCUAAGCAGCAACGACACCUCCACAACACACAAAUACACGCUCUUCCUCCUCGCAUUCCCCCUCGUACCCACCCUGCUCUACACCCCCCGCCUCUUCUCUCUCAACACCAUUUUACCCAGCCUCAUCGCCAUCGCAAGCUUCCUAGCAACAGCAUACACGCUCUACUUCCUGCCACUGCCCCCUACGCAAAUGGAGCCCAUAGACGGCGUGGACGUAACACCCUCUGUGAUCAAACAGAGCAAGAACAAGGGAAAGAAACCAGUCGGUGGCUAUGGGUUGAACACGAAAACGCCGUCUUGGGAGCAGCCGACGGAGAAGUCUGUGAGACGGCCUGUACCGUAUAUCUCAGAAGACAUGGCGGAUUUGAUUGGCGACCAUAUCGUCACUGUUAACCGUGCUGUAUGCGGUCUUUUGGCCAUGUACGAAGUGUGGUUAUCGCGGGAAUGGAGUGAGGGGUUCGCGUUGGGCGGUGGUUUCCUACCGGGAUUUGUGUGCCUGGUGAUACUGUGGGCGAGGACGGAGCUAAGACUCAUCGAUAUGCAAGCGCUGGAGAAGAUGGAUGCGGGUGCGCCAGGCAAGGCCAAGUGAGCAAAUGCUUGGAAGAGCAAGAGUUCAGGCAUAUAUGAAAUUCAUUUGGACUGAGAUACCCCAUUUCAUGUACUAGUAAUGAAACCAAGAACCGUCUGUUAUCCUGAGUGACCAAGUGAUAUAAACGCUGCAAGAACGAGAGACCAUUAUCCCAAGAACAAGGGAGGGGUCUAGGUAUCAUGUACGUGAAAAAAAAACGCCGUCGCUAUGUCGAAACCCAUAUGAACGCCGAAUCCAGAAAGUAGCCGUUCCACAUGUACAUUUUAAUCUUCUCGUCUCGUCAUCAGAGCAGCAUGCUCUUCCUUCUGCUGGCCGCGCGUUCGGCCCGCAUCGCGAUCGUCUCCCUCUCCCGCG